AAAGACACAAGUGCUAGGCAUGUAAAAUCCUUCAAACUGAAAACCCAGUCGGACGUGUCCUGGAGCUGCGUGAUCGAAUCCGGACCCAACAAAGCAUCGCUAUUGCUUUUCGCCUCGCUUCACUCUCGGCAGCGGCUUCUUCUCCUGCUACAGCGCUUAAGCGGAGGAGAAGCAAUAUUUCGUUUGAAGAAGGUGAGGUGAAGAAGGAUAUAUCACAAGAACUUGGCCAAAAUCCCUGUUUUCGAGCCGCUGAUUGCGAAGUGCAGUUUGGAUAACUUCAUGAUGUCCAUUGCUGGUUUAACCUGUAGUCGUUCAAGUUUUUCUUGUUGUACGACAUGUUUUACUUGCCCAAGUUCAGCAUGUAGUUUAACUCUAUCAUCAAUAUAUAAAGAAAGAUUGAAGGAGAAAAGGAAUUUUCUACUCAUGAGAAACAGGAAGCACAGAAAUAUGCCACUUCAGAGAGGUUUAAACACGAGGCGAAAGAACGAAAUAUAUGCCUCAUUUGGUGAUAUGGCUGAUAAUUCUACAGGCAUCUUCCCGAGGAUUCGCAUAAAGGAUCCAUAUGAACGGCUUGGUAUCAGCAAAGAGGCUUCUGAAGAAGAGAUUCAGGCAGCUAGAAACUUCCUGAUUAACAAAUAUGCUGGACACAAACCAAGUGUUGAUGCAAUUGAAUCAGCUCAUGACAGAAUAAUUAUGCAGAGCUUUUAUGAUAGGAAAAAUCCUAAAAUUAACAUUAAGAAAAAGGUAAGGGAAGUUACUCAGUCGCAAUAUGUAAAGGCUAUAACUAGCAGGUUUCAGACACCAGCAACAAGAAUCAUUCUAAAGACAAGCAUUGCAUUUGUUGCACUUGGACUAUUGACUGUUCUAUUUCCCACAGAAGAAGGACCUACGCUUCAAGUAGCCAUUUCUCUUAUAUUAUCCAUAUACUUCAUAUAUGAAAGGCUUAGGAACCGAGUGAAAGCUUGCUUAUAUGGGAUUGGGGCUUUUUUUCUUUCAUGGCUGUUGGGCACCUUUCUUAUGGUUUCUGUGAUGCCGCCACUUCUGAAAGGUCCAAGGAGUCUGGAAGUGACUACAUCUUUAAUAAGCUAUGUGCUUCUGUGGGUAUCUUCUACAUUUCUUAAAUAGUUCACUUAAUCAUUUAUGAACAUGUAAAAUGCCAAAUUUAUAAUCACCAUCGCUAUCGGGUGUAUCCUAUCUAUUUUUUCAAGCUUUUAGGGGCCGUGAUUUUGAGCAAGAGGAAAAUGAUGUGGUUUUGUAUUGUUAGAAACAUCAUAUUUCUGUGUAGCCAAUUCAAGUUUUUUUGUUUUUACCUACUAUGUAGCAGCGCUAAAUGUACAAGUAUUUUAUUUUAAAUUUUUAUCUAAAAUGAUGCUUACUAUGUUCAUUUUCAAUUAACGUAGUUGCCGAAAUAACAACAGGCCAAUUACUGUUACGAUAGCGUCCCUGAAGGAAAGGACGUUAUGAUGAUUACACAGGUUCGUAGCAUUGACAUAUUUCAUUUUUGUGAUAUAUUUGAACAUUAAGAUAAUAUGUCAUCUUCGGGUGCAUUGCUGAAAUCAUUGAUACUUGAAUAUUUACUUGCAACUAUAUGAGCUUAUGCAGUC